AUGAAUAAUGGCGAGUCUCUGCCGAAGUGGCUAGUGUUUAUCUGUGGCGUUUGUACGGUUUUAGCUACGAGUAUAUCGAUUUAUUCGCAAUGCAGGCAAUUGUGGAACUAUCGCAUACCUUCUCAACAGCGUCUUAUCUUGCGAAUACAGAUGAUGGUUCCUAUUUUUUCGAUAUCAUGUUUUGUAUCUAUACUGCGGCCAGAGUUUGGUGAGAGAUAUGUGGAACCAAUAAGAGAGAUUUAUGAAGCCUUGGUGAUUUACCAAUUCUUCAGUUAUUUGACAUUAGUAUUAGGCGGUGAGCGGAAUAUCAUCAUUAAUAUAGCGCCCAAGUAUCCACCCAGCAAGCACGCAAUGCCAUUGUUGGGGUAUUUCCUGCGAGAAAUAGACCUAAGUGAUCCAUAUGAUUUUGGAAUGUUGAAAAGAGGUGUGUUGCAGUAUGUAUGGUUCAAGCCAUUUUACUGUAUAGGGAUGGCUCUUUUGCAAACAUUGCACUGGGAUACAUUGUGGCUAGUAGUGUUAUACAAUCUAAGUGUGACUUGGUCGCUUUAUUGCCUUGCCAUGUUCUGGAAAUGCUUGUACCAGGAGCUUUCUGUAUUCAAGCCAUGGCCCAAAUUCAUGUGCGUGAAGUUAAUUAUCUUUGCGUCAUAUUGGCAAAGUUUGAUCAUUGAUGUAUUGACGCAUUUCGACAUUAUUGAUGUGAAUGGAGCGGACAAGUAUAUUGCAUCGGAGCUUGGGAAUAGUGUGCUAUGCGUGGAAAUGAUUGGCUUCGCCAUAGCACAUCUAUACGCAUUCUCCGCUGACGAAUACGGAGCAGAAAAAUACCCAAAUUCCGGAAGGCUCAAGGUAUACUAUGCAUUGAGGGAUUGGCUUGGGUUCAAGGAUCUCUGUUGGGACUUCAAGAGUGUUAUUAAUGGCGAUUACAGCAACUAUCGUGGGUUUGAUUCGGUGGAGUCGAUGUUAGCUGAUAGAGGCACGCAUUCGAGAACUAACAGACUAGCCCGCGGAUUACGGUAUACGAAUCGAGGUAUGUCAUCGUACUGGGUGGGAUCGAGCUCGAGCUCGAAUUCAUAUGGAACCAUCCAGAGGGACAUGUCCAAUGAUGAUUUGAGUACUCCCUGGACGGACAUAACAGAGGGAUUAGGGUUACCCAGAUACAUUCCGGAAGACAGUAAUUAUCCGGUGGUAUGGGAUGCCGAAUCUCACAGGUACGAAGAGAGAAUAAAUGCGUUAAGACAGCAAUUGAGAUCGAAGGCGUGA